CCCACCCACUCCAAACCCCGCCCACCCCCAGUCCCGCCCACAGGCGCGCAGCCAGCGGACCCCGCGCAGCUCGGCCCGCCCGCACCGAGGCGGCCGCAGCCUGCGGGACACCAUGUCACACGAGAAGAGUUUCCUGGUGACCAGCGACGGCUUCGGGGGGCAGCAACCCCCGACGGCCCCACCGGCCUACCCCCAGCCCCCCUACCCCGUCGCCCCGUACCCCCAGCCCCAAUUUACCCCCGCCCCCUACCCCCAGCCGGGCUUCACGCAGGGCCCGGCGCCGUACCCCCCGCCGACCCCGUACCCCCCUGCCGGGCCGUACCCCCCUGGGCCGUACCCCCCGCCCGGGCCGUACCCACAGGGCCCCUAUGGGCAGCCACCCUAUGCCCAGCCUCAGCCCAUGGUCCCUGGCGACCAGGACUCCCCCCUGCACAGCACCUACCACGAGGACGGGCCCCCCUCCUACUAUGACAACCAGGACUUCCCUUCGGCGCACUGGGACGACAAGAGCGUCCGCCAGGCCUUCAUCCGCAAGGUGUUCCUGGUGCUGACGCUGCAGCUGACCGUCACCUUCGCCUUCGUGACCGUCUUCACCUUCGUCAAAGGCGUGCGGGGCUUCGUGCAGCGCAACGUGUGGACGUACUACGUGUCCUACGCCGUGUUCUUCAUCUCCCUCAUCGUCCUCAGCUGCUGCGGGGACUUCCGCCGCAAGCACCCCUGGAACCUCGUGUCCCUGUCCAUCCUGACCGUCAGCCUGUCCUACAUGGUGGGGAUGAUCGCCAGCUUCUACGACACUGAGGCCGUCAUCAUGGCUGUCGGCAUCACCGUCGUCGUCUGCUUCACCGUCGUCAUCUUCUCCCUGCAGACUAAGUACGACUUCACCUCGUGCCGGGGCGUCCUCGUGGUCUGCCUCGUUGUGCUCAUGCUCUUCGCCAUCCUCUGCAUCUUCAUCCGGAACCGCAUCAUGGAGAUUGUCUACGCCUCCAUGGGGGCCCUGCUCUUCACCUGCUUCCUGGCAGUGGACACGCAGCUGAUCCUGGGGAACAAGCAGCUGGCCCUGAGCCCUGAGGAGUACAUCUUCGCCGCGCUCAACCUCUACACCGACAUCAUCAACAUCUUCCUCUACAUCCUCGCCAUCAUCGGCAGGGCCAAGGAGUAGCCCCCCUCCCUGGCUGGGAUCCCCUUCAGCCCAGUUUGGGAUCCCUCCCAGCCCAGUUUGGGAUCCCCUCCCAGCCCACUGGGGAUCCCCUCCCCGGUUUUGUUGCCGUUGUCAUCGCGGUUCCCCCGUGGCCCCGGUUCCUGCCCCCGGGGGCUCCUCCCUGCUGUGAAUACUCCUCCCCCUUGCGUUGAACGCGGACUGGAAGCACUUUGGACCCCCCUGUGUCCUGUCCUGUCCCCUCCCCGUCCCCCCACGAGCAGGGGCAGUGCCAGCAGCACUGCAGACCCCCCUGAGCCACAGCCCCUGCCUGUGGCACCUCCAGACACCCCGAGCCGCCGUCCCCACGUGGAUGUACCACCAGAACCCCUCAAGCCACUGUCCCUGUCUGUCCCCAGAGCCCCUGAGCCUGUGGCACCCUCCUGCUCUGAGCCACUGUCCUCAUGUGGAGGCACUCCCUGACCCCCCCAGGCACCAGCCCUGCCCAUUCCCGGACAGUUCCCCAGAGCCACUCCAGCCACCUGCCUGUCCCCACCCCUGAGCCCCCGAGCCACAGUCCCUGCCUGUGGCACCCCCAGACCCCGCGUGGCCGAGGCCCCAUCCUGGUCCUGCUGUUAAUAAAUUGUCUUGUUCACCUCC